AUGUUACACGCUGGUAUUGAAGCACUUUUUGGUCGAAGUCGUGAUCAUCAUCGAAAACGACAUUUAUUUAGUCUACGUCGUCGUCAUAAUGAUCAUAAACAAGAAGAAGAUGAUGAAUUAGCAAAACUUUUUUCUAGUAAACCACAUACUGAAAAAACGAUUACACAUGGUCAAAAUUAUGCUUUUGCUGCAAUGCAAGGUUGGCGUGCAUCUAUGGAAGAUAAAAAUAAACAAUUACUUUCAUUUGAUAAUCGUUCAUGGAAAUUAUGGUCAUAUUUUGCAAUAUUUGAUGGACAUAAUGGUAUUGAUACAGCAAAACAUGCUGCUGAUCAUCUUGAUAUUCAUUUAUUACAGUCACUUAAUGAAAUGCUUACUCAUUCCAAUGAUGAUGCAAUAAAAAAUGGUGAACCAGUUCGGUCAUCGCAAUUAGAUUUAACACAUUUACGAGCUGUUAUUAAACAAUCAUAUUUUGAAUUAGAUAAAGAUUUAAGAACAUUGGUUAAAGAUGAUAGUGGUUGUGUUUGUAUAACAUGUCUUAUUGGUCCCGAACAAAUUUAUCUAAUUAAUAUUGGUGAUUCUCGUGCUAUUAUUUUUUCUAAAGAUGGACAAAUAUUAGCACAUACUGAAGAUCAUAAACCUGAUGAUCCUGCUGAACAAGAACGUAUACAUGAAGCUGGAGGAAAAAUAUCUAAACCAUGUCCUGGUGAUGUUUUACGUGUUGAAAAUCAAUUGGCUAUGACACGUGUAUUAGGAGAUUUUAGCAUGGAUAAACAUAUUGUACCACCUAUGGCAGAUAUUGUUGAAUAUCCAAGAAAUGAAUUAGCAGCUUUUGUUGUACUUGCAUGUGAUGGUAUUUGGGAUGUAAUGACAAAUACAGAUGUUGCUAAAUUUGUUGUUGAACGUGUGGAAAAAACGAAAUUAGAAGAUAUUGCAGCAGAAUUAAUAGAUCAAUGUCUUCAUCGAAAUAGUACUGAUAAUAUGAGUGUUUAUAUUGUAAAGCUUUAA